AUGACGUGUCGACUAUGUCUCAGAGGUCUGCCUACCACAGAAAGGCUGGCAAACGCGUGGAAGCAAACACCUACAACCUGGUACCCUCUUCCCAUUGCAGUAGGAGCUCUCCUCCUCAUUGCUAUUCAAUAUCGCAAAAGGCUAGGCCAGAAGGAGGUUUAUGUUGACGAGGAGGGCCAUGAAGUCGUGAAGCUGAAGGGUCCGUGGACAGUGCACGUUAUGGGUGCACUUCCUCUGCGGAACGUCUCUCGCGUUUGGGGAUACGUCAACUCUCUCGAGCUCCCAGUCUGGGCCCGCCCUGCAGGCUUCAAGGUCUAUGCGUGGAUAUUUGGAUGCAAUCUUGACGAAGUGGAGAAGGACCUCAAGGAAUAUGCAAGCCUCGGCGACUUCUUCUACCGGAAGUUAAAGGAUGGCACACGACCAGUCGCCGAUGUUAUCCUGGUUAGCCCUGCAGACGGUACCGUCUUGCAUUUCGGCACAAUUAAGGGAGGACGCGUCGAGCAGAUCAAGGGCAGCACUUACUCCCUCGACGCGUUGCUCGGCAUCGAGACGCGCGGCACCUCGCGCAAAGAAGUUAUGUUCGCGACACGUGAUAUGGCUGAGGCAGACGACAAACACUUCGCGGACAUCAACGGCAUUGAGUACAGUCUCCAAGAGCUACUCGGCACCAGGGCGCACAACACGCCCUCGGAGCGUACGGACGCGUCGGUGUCGCAGGAGGGCUCCCUCAAGGACGUCGUUGCCCAUGACGCGUCCGUCGCGUCGGAGAUGGGCGCCCGCCCCACCCUCGAGCGGCGAAAGAGCUUGGCAGUCGCCCCCGGGAACGCGCUUUAUUUCUGCGUCAUCUACCUCGCGCCGGGCGACUACCACAGGUUCCACAGCCCGACGGCGUGGGUGGUCGAGAAGCGCAGACACUUUGUCGGUGACCUCUUCUCGGUGUCGCCGUGGAUGGCGAAGCGGCUGGAGAACCUGUUCGUCCUGAACGAACGUGUCGCCUUGCUUGGUCGCUGGAAGUUCGGCUUCUUCGGCAUGGUACCCGUCGGCGCGACCAAUGUCGGCAGUAUCAAAAUUAACUUUGACAAGGACCUGCGCACGAAUGUCGGCUCACGGCGCGAUCACCCGCUGGGGACGUACACGGAGGCGGUCUACUCGGCCGCCUCGCCCAUCCUCGACGGCCAGCCGCUGCUCAAGGCGCAGGAGAUGGGCGGCUUCUGCCUCGGGAGCACGGUCGUGCUUGUGUUCGAGGCGCCGCAGGACUUCCAGUUCCUCGUCAAGGACGGCCAAAAGGUCCGUGUUGGCCAGCCGCUCGGCGAUGCCAUUCCAGAGUCAAAGAAGGACCAGUGA